CGAAAGAAAACUAUUAUUAUUUAUUAAUAUACAAAUAUAUAUUUUUUAUAAAAACCACUAAACGAAAAUGGAGGAGUUUAAGGAAGAAGUUAAAGUGGAUUAUUUUAAUCCCAUACGCAUGAAUACUCUGGGCAUACCACAAGAGCAUGAUAUUCUGAUAGCAUACGACGUUUAUCGGCCGGCGUUAGAGACUCGUGCUUUGAAGUCCGAACAGGAGCGCACAUUGUACGCUGAACAUUUUAUUGAGAACACCAAAUUGGGUCCACUGAGAGACUUGUGUACACGUGCGCUCACGUUAGCCUAUACGCCAAAACGAUUACCGUUACUCGCUGAAGAUCCCCUGAAAAUACGUUUAUACUAUGAUUCUCUGAGUAUAGAUCUACCGUUGGAGCAGUGUUAUGACAUUACCGAUGAGAAAUAUUGGCGCCGUUAUGUGUUGGCUAAAAAUAAGGAUGUCACAUUGGCAUUCAAAAAAGAUUACAAUUGGCGUAGUCUCGGUUUAUCCAUGAAAUUCGUGGAACUGGUGGAAGCAUGUCCCGCCGAAUAUUGGCCCAUCGAUGAAAUGGAGCCAAUCGCACUGAAAAUAAAGGAGAAUAUUAAUGAAAUGCAUAUACGUAAAUUGCAAUCGAUUUCGGAGCGCUUUUUUCGAGAACGACUACAUUUAGAUGAUUCGGAGGAAUCUGAAAGUGAUUCGACUGAUGUUGAAUCAAUGACAGCGACGCCACGCUCUACAGAGAUCAUUACAGACAUGGGGCUCGAGGAGGAGCAGGAGGAAGAGGAGGAGGAGGGGGCGGACAGAAGGAAGUCACAGCGUGGCACAAUAAAGCAUGUAACACGGCUAACAGCUAUGAAUGUUGUAGAAGAAGUGCCAGAGAUAUUUGAAACAGAAGAACAGCUGGAAUUGGAACGUAUACAUGAAGAAAUUACAAAAGAGCGUAAGGAGCGUACACGUGCUUUAAGAGAGGCACAACAGAAACGACGCGAAGAGCGUUUAAAAAGACGACCGUAUCGUGAAUCGAUAAAAGUAACAACUCCACCGCCGAUUGAGCAGCCAGCAACGGGGAAAAAGAAGAAAAAGUUCAGACCAAAGGGUGUAUUCGAUAUGAUAGUGGAGCCGGCCGAAGAUGAUGGUGAAGAAUUAAUUGUGGAUCGACGAAAUUUGAAACGGCAACUUACAGUUCGAAAAAAAUUGCAUUAUCCUACGAGAUUAUGUCAUCAUGUGAGCUUACGUUUUUUGCGCUUCUUCGAAAACUUGGUCAAUUUCACUAUAGAGUUUCGCGGUCCGGAUAUGCAACGGGAUUUUCAUGAAAGACAUCUGAAGUUCUCCCAAGCGGAUGUAGAGGGUUUGGCUUACGGCGUAUCGUUUCUGCAGAAAUUGAAGAUUUUCCGUCUACGCUCCAGCCAAAUGGAUGCCAGAAAACUGUACACACUGGCAAAAGCGCUGAAAUCAUUAGUGUGCAUAGAGACAAUUGAUUUUGGUUACGAUCACUUAGAUGACGAUUGCGGUUUGGGCUUGCUUGAGCUGUUUCGUCAAACUAACUCCAUAAAAUCACUUGAACUGGAACAUAACCUAAUUGGUGCGCAUGCACUCCACUUUUUAGCCAUCGGCAUUAGCCAGUUUGGUGGCCAAUUAGAAUAUCUCGGCUUGGGCGGCAAUCCCCUGGGUGAUUGCGGUCUGCAUGAGCUUAGCACAAAAGUUGUUGAUACACAACACAUUACAAACUUGAGUCUGAGUACUUCCCAAAUCACCGAAACGGCGAUUAGAUGUUGCAUAGCUAAUGAAUUUCUAAAUCACCCGCGGCUCCGUUCUCUGGAUAUGCGCGCUGUGCCAAUUAGCGAGCAGGCGGCCAUUGAAAUACUCCAAACCUUACAAAGCAAUACGACUAUAUUGAAAUUCGACGUGCGUGACUGCCGAUUGGAUGCCGAUUUGGAAUUGGAUAUCGAAAUAAUAUUGAAACGUAAUAAAUAUAUAUCCGAGAAUCCUUAUCUGAAUGACUUGUCAAAAACUAUGGAUGAGAUUGACGAAUUUGUAAAACGUAUAAAAAAUCCAAUUUUACUGCGCGCAAUCGAAGCCGUAGAAAAACGCGCUGAAUGUUUGAAGAAUCGUCCGCCAGAAUUCAGACCGAUUUCUGCAGAGCCAGUUGGUGAACCACCAUCAUCGCCCACACAAGGCAGUGUCUCAUCUCUUUAUGAGAUAAUCGCAAAAUCAGAGAUGAAACCACACAGGAUGUCUUUGCCUUCAUUGACAAGUAGUGAGAUUUUAAAGAAUACUCCAUUCCAUUUUGACCCAAACAAUUUUACGGAACAGGAAUUCAUCGAACAUGUGUAUCUACCGGGUCCUGGGGAAAGAUAUUACUUUUUUAACGAGUCCCAAAAGCUACGUUUAAGUCAACUUAGCUAUGCAACUUCAUUGACUUAACGAUGAAAGGCAAAUAAAUAGCAAAAGAAAAUAACUGAAGAAAAUAUAAAAUGAACAUAAAAAUACAAACAACAAACGACAAGUAAAUACGAAAUGAGCAGGUGAAAGUCAGUAAAAGAAAUGUGAAAAAUGUGAAAAAAUAUUAACAGAAAAAUAUAUGCAAAAGUCAAAGGGAUAUUUUCUUUGACUAACGGCAUUUUCAAAAUAUUGUAAACUUUUCAAAAUUUAAUAAAUUCGACCGACGUGCAAUCUGUUUGUCGCAAAACAAAAAUUACGCUGUAUUUAUAUAAACGUUUUUUAGUUUGUGUGUGUGUGUGCGUGAAUAUUCGCAUUGGU